AUGGGCUAUGCCUUCAAUUUCAGGAGGGAACAAGAUAUCCGAAUAACUUCUCAGUUAUUCUUGCUUAUGGACUCCAACAAACAUUCAUCAACAUCUGUAUCAAAUCUUGUGGUGGUUGCAUCAACUAAUAGAGUUGAUGCAAUUGAUCCUGCACUAAGACGUUCAGGACGUUUUGAUGCCGAGGUUGAGGUUUCCUCUCCUAAAGAAGAGGAACGCUUACAAAUAUUGACGCUCUAUGCAAAGAAGCUUUAUCUGGAUCCAAAUGUCGACCUAAAAGUUGUAGCUGCAUCUUGCAAUGGAUAUGUCGGGGCAGACUUGGAAGCUCUAUGUCGUGAAGCUGCCAUGUCAGCACUGAAAAACUCAUCAGAUACGCAUCCAGAUGUUAAACGGUGUAUUAUAACAAUGGAUGACUGGAAACAGGCUAGAACUGUGGUAGGUCCCAGUAUAACUAGAGGUGUCACUAUGGAAAUUCCAAAGGUCUCUUGGGAUGACAUUGGAGGAUUAAAAGAUGUGAAGGUUACAAACAUAGCCGUAAUUUACGUAUUUAUCCCGAGGAAUUGUUGA